AUGCCGCUGGCCACCUCCGCCCUGCACGCCAUGGAAAUCCUGCAAGACUAUGAAAAUGAUGGCACAGGCAGUGGGUCAGAUGACAUCCACUUCAGUGGUCUAGGAGUGCCACCUGUGGCUGAAUGUGAGAAGCAGAGAAAUGUUAGUGUCUUAACGUUUCAAAAAAAAAAAAACAUUAAAACAAUCUUUAACAUUGAUUCUUUACUUGGAAGUCCAAAUCAAAGUCCAAAUCAAACGGUUGUCUGGCUCGACUUGGCUAAUGCAUACGGUUCAAUCCCACAUGGCCUCAUCAACACGGCUAUGGAACACUACCAUAUUCCCCACCACACCAGGGAUAUAAUUACCAGCUACUUCGGAGGAUUUAAAUUACGGUUCAGAACAGCCCACUUCACAACGCAGUGGCAGGACCUUGAAAAGGGAAUCGUGACAGGCUGCACCAUCUCCCCCAUCCUGUUUGUCAUGGGAAUGAACCUGCUUAUAACAGCUGCAGGAAAGGAAUCCAGGGGGCCAUCAAUGGAGUCUGGCACCCGCCAACCUCCAAUAAGAGGCUUUAUGGAUGACCUUACCAUAACAACUUCAACCCAUGUGCAAGCGAGGUGGAUCCUGAAGGUUCUUGAUGACGUGGCAACAUGGGCUCGGAUGAAGUUCAAACCAAGGAAAUCAAGAAGUAUGGUGAUCAGAAGGGGGAAAGUGACCAGCGAGUUCCAGCUGCAAGUACAGGGGGAGACGAUACCAUCGAUUGAGGAAAACCCAAUUAAGUGCCUAGGGAAAUGGUAUGACGCAUCCUUGACCGACAGAUGUAACGUUUCCAGGACAGAGAAACAGGCAGAUGCAUGGAUGAGUAAGAUUGAGGGGUCAGGACUGCCAGGAAAGUUUAAGGCUUGGCUCUUCCAGCAUGGUCUGCUACCACGACUCAUGUGGCUACUGACAAUCUAUGAAGUACCCAUGACAACAGUGGAAGGAGUCGAGAGGCGAGUAAACAAACACCUUCGCAAGUGGCUCGGAAUCCCACCAAGCUUCAUGUCAGUAGGGCUUUAUACCAGGUCUGGUCAGGUACAACUACCCCUUUCAUCAGUGGUGGAAGAGUUCAAGGUGGCAAAGUGUCGGGUUGUGAUGAUGUACCAAGACUCCACUGAUGAAAAAGUCAGAAGAGCAGGCGUCACUACAAGAUCAGGACGCAAAUGGGUGGCUGACACAUCAGUGGCAUUGAAGCUGAAGGACAUCAUCGGGAACCCAUGCGUAGGGAGGCAAGGACUCGGAUCUACCCACUUCCAGCAAUGGGGAAAAGCAGACCCACGGCAAAGGAGGGACAUGAUUCAAGCAGAGGUCCGACACCUGGAGGAAGAAAGGCGCAGGUCUAGGGCUGUCGAACUCGGAGCACAAGGGGCCUGGACAAAGUGGGACUUGCCGAAGCGGAAGAUCACAUGGUCUGAGAUCUGGAGACUGGAGCCCUUUCGUAUCUCCUUCCUGCUCUGUUCAGUGUACGACACCCUUCCGUCACCAACAAACCUCCACAGAUGGGGAAUGAGGGAGGACCCAUUGUGUAGGCUAUGCGGAGGGAGGGGAACAAUGGCGCACAUACUGUCAGGAUGCAAAACAGCUCUUAGCCAAGGAAGAUACAGGUGGCGCCAUGACAAGGUUCUCAGUGCACUGGCUGACAUCUUGGAGCGGGAGAGGCAGAAAAAGCACCAGACCAGUACAAGGCCGGCAACAUCUAUUCAGUUCGUCAGAGAAGGGGAGAAACCACCAGCCCCCAAGAAGACUAAGAAGAGCCUCUUGCUAGCAGCACAAGCCUGGGAGAUGAGGGUGGACCUGGGAAGGAAACUAGUCUUCCCCCAGGUUGUGCAAACACAGCUGAGGCCAGACAUGGUCUUAUGGUCCGAGGAGGCAAGGAAAAUAAUCUUGAUCGAACUGACAGUCCCGUGGGAAGACGGGUGCGAGGAGGCCUAUGAGUGGAAAGCCACCAAGUAUCAGGACCUCGUAGAGCAGUGUAAGGCCAAAGGGUGGCAGACCUGGCUAUUCCCAGUUGAGGUCGGGUGUAGGGGCUUCCCGGCACAGUCUGUGUGGAAGACACUCACAGCUCUGGGCUUAGAAGGUAGGGAGAGGAAGACAGCUGUUCGUAGGUUGGGUGAGGCAGCAGAAAGAGCGUCUUGCUGGCUCUGGAGUAGGAGGGAGGAGUUGAGCUGGGGGCCAGGAGGAGGUGGGUAGUGAUUGGCCACCACUGCCGACCCGCCAACUGGAGGGUGUUGUGGUUCAGGGUUGAAACACCCUGUGAAAGUUGGACGCCACCUGACGACAUCUUCUCCUGGCUGAAAGCUACAGUCAUGUACUAUAGUUAGUGACUGGGUUAGACAGCAUCA